AGAAAGAAAGAAAGAAAGAAAGAAAGAGCGCGCGUGUUAUGUGUUUGGUUAUCCUCCGUGUUUUCUCUCUUGCGUGUUUCAUUGAGUGUAAACGGAGUCUUGUCUCUGUGUAUUUUAUUGUUGAGAGGAUACAGGACACUACAGUGUGUGACAGUAAACAGAGCUUACAGGAGGAUCAAACCUCCACAGAGUCUCUGGAUUCUGUCUGUAACGCUGGAGAACAGCAGCAGAUCCUGCAGACCAAACUGAAGAUGUGUUCAGUUAAACUCAUCGACUGCACGAACCUCAUGAUGGAGAUUAAAACUGAACCCACAGAAAUCAAAACUGAACCCACAGAAAUCAAAACUGAACCCACAGAAAUCAAAACUGAACCCACAGAAAUCAAAACUGAACCCACAGAAAUCAAAUCUGAACCCACAGAAAUCAAAACGGAACCCACAGAAAUCAAAUCUGAACCCACAGAAAUCAAAUCUGAACCCACAGAAAUCAAAACUGAACCCACAGAAGAGGAAGAUCGCACUGAGGAAGAUGAUGAUUUCAUUCCAUCAGAUGUGAAGAGUGAUUCAUGUUUGGAUAUAGAAAUAACGUCCUCAACAUCAAAAGAGCGACUGACAGCACAAACUCUUUCCUGCAUCACCUGUGGAAAGACAUUCAGCUCACAGAGACAUUUAGAGAUACAUGAGAGAAAACACACAAAAUCUUUCAAAUGCUCUCAGUGUGACAUGACGUUUACUUGUUCAGCUUACUUAAAAAACCAUCAGAGAGUUCAUACUGGAGAGAAACCUUAUCACUGUAGUGUCUGUGGAAAGAGUUUUGGACAACAGGGAAACUUUUUUUAUCACAAAAGAGUUCAUACAGGUGAAAAACCUUUCAAAUGCUCUCAGUGUGACAAGACGUUUACUUAUUCAAGUAACUUAAAAACCCAUCAGAGAGUUCACACUGGAGAGAAACCUUAUCACUGUAGUCUCUGUGGGAAGAGUUUUAGUCAAGGGUCUUCAUUACUAAAGCACAAGAGAAUUCAUACAGGUGAAAAACCUUUCAAAUGCUCUCAGUGUGACAAGACGUUUGCUCACUCAACUUCCUUAAAAUCUCAUCAGAGAGUUCAUACUGGAGAGAAACCUUACGUCUGCUUUCACUGUGGAAAGAGCUUCACUAAUUCAUCCUAUUUAAGAGUUCAUCAAAGAGUUCAUACUGGAGAGAAACCUCAUCACUGUAGUAUCUGUGGGAAGAGUUAUAGUGCAAAGGCUGCCUUACUUAAUCACGAGAGAGUUCAUACAGGUGAAAAACCUUUCAAAUGCUCCCAGUGUGACAAGACGUUUACUGCUUUAUCUUCCUUAAAAUACCAUCAGAGAGUUCACACUGGAGACAAAUCUUAAGACUGUAAUGUUUGUGGGAAGAGUUCAUCAACAGCAAUGAAAAAAAGUUGCAUGCAACCUCAGGUAAUAAAUCCGUGGGACCUAGUGCCCCCUCCUGGUUGGAAGUAUUUACAUCCUAAUACAAAAAAAAUCACUAUUUUAAAAGUAUUUGAUUAAGUAUAAUGUGGUCCAGCGGGCCAUAUUAAAAUUUACCCCAGGCCGUGUGCGGCCCUUGGCCCGCCAGUUGCCCAUCCCUGAUUUAAGUGUAAAAAAUAAAAAAUUUGGAGAUAAUUUCGCAAUUUUCUGCCAUUUCUGAUGAAAAUUUACAUGUUGCGGCAAUAGAGGUUUCUGUUCAGAAGGUAAUGCAUUGUUCUUCCUUUUGUGUUUUCGAGUCGAUCGGAAUUACGCUCGCGGGGAUAUUGGUGCAUGUUUUUUAAGUGCUGUUUUGCUGCGCAGGGCUAACCGUGAGGCGAAAUCUGGCAUGUUUGGUAUCGUUAGACUCCGCGACUAUUCAGGACUCCAGGAAAAGAAGUCCCUUGAGAAUAUGUCAAUUGCAGCCAAAGUUAUAGGCAUGUAAAACAUUUGUCUUACCACUAGGUGGCGCUGCGAUGAAACUGGGCAUGCCCUCUCAGAUCCUGACGCGGUUUACGGAAACGGAUUGGCGAAUCGACAUGAAUUCCAUAACUUUUUGCCUUGAGUGCCUGUAGAUGCUACAUAACGUUUUUCUUUGCAAUUGGGCAAAAGCUCUAGGACAAGUUUGCAAAAGUAGCUUUUAUGAAUAAUUCAAAAUGGUGGAAAAAUUUUCAUAAUGGAAAAUGACGUCAUAGGGUCCAAUCGAAUCGUCUUGAGCCAAGGAUUCAGAGGAAAAUCAGACAAGAAUUUUGUGUUUAGGACUUACAGGUCAGAAGUUAAAAGCAAAACUGUUGGUGGCGCUAGCGGGUUAGAGAGAGAGACUCCAAAUUUGCUGUGGAGACUUUUUGGACAGUCCUUUAUAAGCGUGCCAAAUUUUAUUACUUUCCUAUGUACCCUGCUAUGGGCUGCCAUAGACCGCAAUGGCGGAAGAAGAAGAAUCAUCGGAAGAGUAAUAAGAAAACUAACGGAUACAAUAGGGGUCAGUGUUGUUUUCGUCAACGAUGACGAUAACAAAAUUAUUUCAUUGACCCACCUUUUUUAUGACGAUAACGCGAUGAUGACUAGCUAAAAAUGGCUUUAAGGUGACGAAAACAUGACGAGACGGAACGAAAAUGAUUAUAAGUCUGACGACACAUUUCAUGGUAAGCUUAAGGUUUUACUUGUAUCUACUUGUCAAACGUACACCCAUUUCCAAUACUUUUUGUGGUGUAUUUAAAUAACAAGGCAAGGCACGUGUUUCUCAACUUUAUAAACAAGGUCUCAGCAUAACACAAACUCAACAUAAGGGUAUAUCAGACUAAAGCUAAAAGGUCUGCCCAAAACAGCACUGAAUGGGCAAAGACCCCAUAUAAUCAAAUUAUGAGCAAUAUCGCAGAUAACUAGAACAGAACAAACAUACAAAUGAAAUAAAACUGUGCUGCUCAUGUUUUUAGAUUAACAGUACUGUAUUAUGGAGGACGAAAAAUGACUUAAAGGUCCCAUAUUUGAAAGCUUUCUAGUUUUAUUUUAGGUGUUAUGAUGUCCUGAAGGAAUAGUUCACACAAAAAUUAAAUUUCUGUUAUUUUUUACUCACUUUCAUGUUGUUACAAACCUGUAUAAAUUUCUGUGUUCUGAUGAACACGAGGGAAGAUAUUUUGAGGAAAGUUUGAAAUCAAGCUAUUUGUGAUCCCCAUUCACUUCCGUAGUAUAAUUUUUUCUUACUAUGAAAGUGUUGUUCUUUGACGGUUGUUUUAUGAGUGAAAUACACAUUUGAAAUAACGUUACUCAUGGAGGUAAACUAAAUGUUAGUUUCUGUGCACUAAAUGGGACGGUGUCUGUAACUUAAGAAAAAAAACGUUUGAUGUCCAACAGAUAUUUUAUCAAAACUUGUGGCCAUGGGCGUCGGAAGCAAAUGAAAAGUGGGUGGGUCCCCA